GAAAAAAAAAUAAACAUUCGCGUUUUCUACUUCACUCGCUCAUUUCACAAGUUACGCGUGAUAAGAGGUAAAAGAGUAUAGUGUCAAAAACUUGGAAAAUCACAUCAUUAUAUAAAAAAAUAAUUAAAACUAGUUAAAAAUUACACCAAAGAAACAUCUUUGAAAGUGGCAAGUUAAUUACAAUGACGAGUAAUAUAAAACGGUUAUUAUGUUCGCCACUUCCUGGAUAUUUGACGAGUGGUGCGACAGUCUGUGAAAACACUGAGCAACAUCUCCUCAACUUCUUGCAAAACUUGCUGCCAAAGUCGGACUGUAAAUCUAUUUCAGAUGAGUUGCGAAAGACUUUUAUAUUCAGCAAAUUCAAGGUAAAGCACAAGCAAAAACAUCAUAGUGGCAAAGGCAAAUUCUCUCUUUCGUCCGUCAGGAAGAGAAUGCACUUUGGUCUGAACAAAAUUGGUCACAACAAAAGUCAAAUCAAGUACCAUGAUAUUUUGGCUUUGAAGCAACUGUGGUUAGAUUACAUUCGAAAUAUGCUCGGUAUCAAAUCGUUCACCAGUCUGCCGGAAGAUCCUAACAGUUUAAGUUUGGAAAACAUCAGCAAACAAUUGAUGAAAGCUGAUUUUCAUGGCGCCGAAAUAUCAGUGGACAGUUCAACGUGUCCUACUUUGGUAGGAUUUAGAGGAAUUGUUAUACAGGAUACAAAAAAUACUUUCAAGAUAUGUGGGACGGACAAUGUCAUUCGAACAAUACCAAAAAAGUCAGCUAAAUUUUCUAUUUACUUGGAUGAUGGCGUGGUGUUGAAAACGUUUGGGAAGCAACUUUGCGUAAGACCUGUGGAACGUACCAGUAAAAAACUAAAGAGCACAAGACUAGUUCAAUUGUGAGAUAUUGUAAAUACUUUUCUCAAAUAAAAACAAAAAAACAUAUUACACACUAAGUCUUUCCAGUGUUCAAAUAUUCUCUUCUUGUGUGUAAAAAAAAAGAUUUGUUUCUUACUCAAAGAAAUUGUCAAAAUUGCGUAAACAUCGAUUUUAUUGACGCACUCUCUCUGUAAGGUCUGGUUUUUUCUCAAUGUGGAAUAUAUAAUAUUCUAUACGUAAACGCGCGAUUUUUGGCCACCUUUGUGUGGCCAUAGGCGUCUUCUAAUUCUUUGCAACGUCGGUAUUGAGCAUCUAAUAGUUACAUCAUAUAUAUAUAUAACAAGUUACAUCAUAUAUAAAAGCAGUACCGGCAGCGAACCUCGGACCACGUGUAUAGCCAGAAUUGUUUUCAAUAUAAAUACAUCAUUUAUUUCUGUAUAAUUUUCCAUUAUCAUAUACUUUUGCAGAGAGUAUUAUCAGUUACGAUAUAUUACAAUCUAUAUAACUUUAUUGUAUUUUAUAUAUAUAUAUAUAUAUAAUCGUAUAGCAUAUUUAACGUAAUUGUUUACUACUUACAUGAAUAUAUAGGAUAUUAUUUAUUCGUUAUCAAUAUAACGUAUAUAAUGGAUGUUAUAUUUUAUACGUGUGUGUGUGUGUCUGUGUGUGUGUAUAUGAAUAAAUAAAAGUUUGCCUUAAAAAAAAGAAAAAAGGAAACUGUUUACAAAUGUGUAAACAACGCACAAAUCGUCAAAACUCGUGGAGGGAAUGCUAAACGCGAUCAAAAACAAUCGAGAGCUAAUAAUCGCGUACAAAAUAAGUGACCGCUACGUCACUGCUCUUGACUAUUUUACAUGAUACAUGAUACAAAGUAUUAAUAAUAAUAAUAAUAAUAUUAAUAAUAUUUAGAAUGUAAAAUUUUUCUCGUGUCGAUAUGAACUUUCGGGCUAUAUAAAUUUUAUAAAAGAAAGACUACAUGCUAUAAAAAAAAAACCUUUCGUUACAUCUCACGACUUGCUACAAGUAACAUUUAUAUCGAGUUUGUUUGUGAAAAAAAAAAACACAACUUGUAUAAUAAUUAUGUACGGGAAUGUUGAGAGGUAAGAAGCACAUGCGAAAUUAGUUAGUUUUUUUUUUUUUUUUAUCUUGUUUUCUGCCGUACUUCGUAUUGUUUCAAUUGUAUAUUGAUGUAGCACUUACACACGCAACAUAAAUAAUUUUAAAAAAUAUCAGAGUUUUAACACGCACACAACAUGACUGUGACAUCUUUGUUUUUUUUUUGUUUUUGUUUUUUUUACAAUAAUAAUAGCAUGAUUUAAAAAGUUUAGAAUUUGCAUAAUUCAAUUGCGUUGUUUGUUAAUAAACUAUAUGAUGAUUAACGAUCUCAGCAACUUUUUUUUAUCAAGUCAAGUAAAAAUUCACGACACACCGCGCGAAAAAUCGAAAGAGAGAGAGAAAGAAAGAGAGAAAAAACCGUAAUUAAAUAUUACCAAAACAUUUUUUUAUAGUACAAUAUUAACAAUGUGAUAGAAACGAUUAUAUGUUACAAUUUCUUUAUAUAAUUUUUUUUUUUUUUUUUUUUAACCCUAGGACCUGAGAGAGCCUGGGUAGGGUGGUCUCUGAUGAUGUGCGGCACCCCACGCGCGUUUUUUCAAAUCAUUAAUUGUUGUGUUUUUAUACGUUGCUCAGUUAUUAUUAAAUGUCUUUUGUGUCAACUUAUUGCGUUUUUUGUCGUCAUAAAAUAAUAUUAUACCUGUGUAAUUGUUUCUCGUUAGAAAAACCAUAUUCAAUUUUACAAUUCAUGAGAUAUUAUCUCUUGCUAGUUAGUUAAUGCACGUCAGCACGCAAUACCGGCUCGAUAAUGAACUACUUUUGUGUGUAUGACUUGUUACGCUAAAAAAGAACAGAAUCUUACAACAAGCAAUAAGAAAAACAAAAAUCCUGAAACAAAUGCGCAAGUAAAAAAUCGCGCAAUAAUAUUGUUUGUUACAAAAUUUGCGUUCUAGCACAAUUUGUUUUGUUUCUUCUCCCACUUGCGUGGUUUUAAAAGACUGAGGAACACUGUGUAUGCCGGUUACAAAACUUACGAGAUCUCUAAGUUUCUUACUAGGAAGUCUCUCUCUCCGAGGUUUCAGACGAUCCCAGAGACGUUAUAUUAAAACUCUCGCUGCAGACGCAGUCCUAGGGUUAAACACUCCUUUUACGCAUUUCGCUGAAAAAUUACCUAGUUUUUCUUAUAAAAACAGAAAAACACAAAUGUUAAAGGGAUGUUGACACGCGAAGACACGUAAAAAAAAAAAAAAAAAAAAAAUUCAAUCUAUACUUCAUGUCAUCAAUAAGAAAAUAGGAUUUUUCUUGGCCUCCAUUGAUACAUAUCGUUCGCUUUGCAUAAAUCGAAAAAUAAAAAAAUAAAAAAAAAAUAACCGCAGUCGAAAACAUCUCUGUAUUACAUAUCAAGCAAAUAUACAUACACAAGUAGAUCUAACGCUUAGACGAUGUGUAUACGCACUACAGAUACACGCCGAAAUAUCUUCAAGUGUUUAUUGUUUAGACUUUUUCCUCGCCUCGAAAGAGGAUCUCGUUAUUACAACAAUACUGACAUAACGAUAUACACCUUGAUCUACCCAAUCUAUAUGAGUAACUCGCGUUUGCCUCUUAUACGUUUCUAUUUUUUUUAUUCUUUUAUUUUUUUAAAUUUUUAUCUGCAAUACUGCGCGUUUGUCUGAUGAACAUUUCCUCGAAUGUAAUAAAUUCCAAUGCUAUUUUGCAAAACGGUUAAGAACCCAACUGUCAACUAUUUGAGAAAUAAAAAGAAAAACACAAAAUUUUGC